AUGGGCUAUUCAAAAGGUGGAGAGCAAGAGGCGGAAAUGAAGCUCAUGUCAAAUGUGUCCCCUCGCAAUUCUGUUUCCUCGAGGCCGGACGAUGAUUUAGAAGCCUUGAAUAAAGAAGCGGGCGUUCAAAUUCCCCUGGAGGUCGAAUACAAAACGCCACCCAGCGUGAAAUAUGCAUGGCUAUGCGCCCUGUUGGUAUUGGGUAUGCUCUUGACUAUUCACAACAAGAUCAUCCUCGGAUCGUUCCCCUGCCCUUGGCUUUUGACAGGUCUACACAGCGCAUUCUCUGGGCUAGGAACAGUCAUUCUUCUGAAGAUGGGCUAUUUCAGAUUGUCGACGCUCUCCCGACGUGACCAUUUGAUCCUAGUUGCCUACUCCGUCCUUUUCAGUGUGAACAUUUUCUUUUCCAACUUCUCACUUUCCCUCGUCAGUCUGGCAUUCUUCCAGAUUAUUCGCAAUACAUCGCCCAUCUUCACUGUCUUUCUCGAACGUGUCAUAUUUGCACGUUCUUACUCCCUUUACACCUAUCUCGCCCUCAUACCGAUCGUCAUGGGUGCCGCCAUGACUGCUUCUGGUGAGCUCCAAUUCACCUACUGGGGACUAUUCAUAUCGGUUAUUGGCGUGGUUCUCGGUGUCUUAAAGAUCAUAAUCACCAACCGUCUUAUGACUGGAUCUCUCUCGCUCUCUUCACUGGAACUGAUUUAUCGAAUGUCCAUCUACGCCUCAAUCCAAUCAUUCGUAAUUGGUAUAAGCGUUGGCGAGCUCUCAAAGCUGAGCGGCGCCAAUGUCUGGGUUACUGAGGAGAGCGAUAGCUCAAAACUCCCAGCCAUGAUCGCUGGUGCAUCGUUGGUCGGAAAUGGAAUGCUGGCAUUCUUCCUGAACAUCGCUUCUUUCCAGGCUACCAAAGUUGCGGGCUCCUUGGCUAUCACUGUUUGGGGAAAUAUUCGACAGACCUUGACUUUGAUGUUGGGAAUUGUGUUCCUAGGUAACUUCAACCUUAACCCACAGACUGCGGCGGGAAUAGUGCUCGUAGUGCUGGGGUGCGGAUUCUACAAUCAGGCGGAGAUCGCCUCGAAAAGGUAA